AAGUAACAAUUACAUAACAUCAAUGCAUAUUAAAAAAUCUUUAUAUCAAUCUACAAUGUUUAUGGAAUUGAUCGGGAUUUUUUUUCUUAUUCUAAUUGUUGUGUAUAUUUAUUACAAGUACGUAAUAUUUAAUUUCUGGCGCAAAAAAGGUGUCUUUUAUGUCGAGCCUAUUGUGCCAGCUGGUAAUUUAACAGAUCUCGUGAUUGGAAAAUUAUCAAUAGGUCAACUAUUCUGUGACGCUUACUUAAAAUAUAAGAAAUAUCGCACUUUUGGAAUGUACACGUUUUUUAAACCAAACCUGAUAAUUGCUGAUCUGGACCUUAUUCAAACGGUAUUGACGAAGAAAUUCCAAAGUUUCCACGAUCGCGGACUGUUCUGCAAUGAGAAAAUUGAUCCAUUGUCCGGUCAUUUGUUUGCAUUGUCUGGGCAAAAAUGGCGGAAUUUGCGUCUCAAGUUAACACCUUCUUUUACCUCGGGGAAAACAAAGCAGCUCUUUAUGAUUCUAAAGGAGUACGGUGAGGAGCUUGCAAGGAGUUUGGAGAGCAAAGCUCGGACGAAAGAUUGUAUUGAAAUAAAAGAUAUGUUUGCAAGGUUUUCAACGGAUGUAAUUAUGUCAACGGCAUUUGGAAUCAAAUCCAAUUGCAUAGAGCAGCCGGAUAACGAGUUUCGAUAUUGGAGAAAGAAAGUCUUCGGGGAGAGACCUCUUUUGAUGGCUUUCUUAAUGUUCGCGCCCCAAAUAAUGAAUUUCUUUUCCCUUCCCGUCACGGACAGGGGCGUUACCAAGUUUUUUAUGAAACUGUUUCGUGAUAAUGUAGAAUACAGACAAGCUCAUAACAUUGUCAGAUACGAUUUUAUGAAUUUACUUAUGCAACUCAUGGAGAAGGGCUACGUUAAAAUUGACAAUGAGAAAGACAUUGGCGACACCUCAUCAAAUGUAGAUAGACUUACUAUGUCGGAAGCGGCUGCGCAAGCUUACGUCUUUUUUUUGGCUGGCUAUGAAACUUCUGCUACGACAGCAACAUAUUGUCUAUACGAAUUAGCUUGCCAUCAACACUUACAGGACAAAGUGCGCAAGGAAAUUGAUGAAAUAUUAGAAAAGCAUAACGAAGUGUCCUAUAAUGCUCUGGACGAAAUGACGUAUCUUCAUAAAGUAAUAAACGAAACUAUGAGAAAGUAUCCACCUGUACCUGUCUUGACUCGCGUCUGUACCGAGGAUGUGGAUCUUCCAACAACGAAUAUUUAUGUGUCAAAAGGAACUUCAAUCACUAUACCCGUGCUUGGGCUGCAUCGAGAUCCAUCGAUAUAUCCAGAUCCGGAUAAAUUUGAUCCUGAACGAUUCAAUGCAGAUGUGAUAGCAACCAGACAUUCUUGUGCUUAUUUGCCUUUUGGCGAAGGACCACGGAUCUGCAUUGGUAUGAAAUUCGGUUAUAUGCAAAUAAAGGUUGGACUCGUGAGCCUUUUGUCAAAAUUCAAAUUCAAACUCCAUCCCCAAACUCCGGUCCCGCUCACUUUCGAUGAAGCGUCCAUUCUGGUACUUGCAGCCAAAGGUGGCGUCUGUCUUACCAUCGAGCAGCGAUGAAUAUUUCUAGAUACUCAAAGUUUCCAACAAAAAAAAAUAUAUAUAUACAUAUAUAGGUAUCAUUGACUGUAUAGGAAUUUUGUACGACACGAUUAUUUGUAUUAUACAUUUUAGUUGUGGUUUUAUGUACCAGCAGAAUCCUGGAAAUUAUUAGAAUAUUUUGUUAGAAAGACAAUCAUAUGUAAUUUUAAUAUUAAAUGAGGAACAAUGUAAUUAAAUAAUAUAUGAUUACUAGAGUAAAUUCACAUAUAUUUGAAACUACAAGGGAAAGGAACCAAUGCACGUAUUCGCAUAUUUAAAUACAAUAUUAAAUUAUAUAUAAAUUUCAAAACGUGAAAAAUAGUAUGAUAUAUGAAUUAAUUGACGAAAAUUUUAGAGAAAAUUCUGUUAAAAUCUGUUACACCGAAAAAAUUGUAUUCUUGAAAUGUGUGUAUUUUUUAAGCCCUCUUAACGAAUAUACAUAUAUAAUACAUAACUAACAUACAAUAUUCCUAAUUUGCGGUGACUUUAGUAAGAAAUUUGUCCGCAUGCGCGGUAUCAAUAUUAACGUAUUAAUUUAAGCUACAAUUCGUAAUAUCUAAUACAACUAUUUGUAAUUUAGCCCAACUAUCCAAUUUCAUCAUGUAUCUGUACACAUGAUGAAAUUUUCAACUACAAGUACGUAUACAUAUGUAUAUUUAUUUGUAAAAUUAUAUGUAAAAAUA